AUGAUUCUACUACGAAAAAUUAUCAAACCAACAAUUCAUAUUCGAUUCGCUAGUCGUAUAUCAUUUCGAAUUAAUGAAUUAGCACGAUUCAGUGAUGGAAGUGCAAUAGCUCAAUUAAAUAACACAAGUGUACUUGUGACAAGUGUUAGUAAAACUAAAACAUUAUCAUCAUCAAGUCAACCAUCAUUUUUACCAUUAACUGUUGAUUAUCGAGAAAAAGCAGCAGCAGCUGGUCGAAUACCAACAAAUUAUUUACGAAAAGAAUUAGGUUUAACUGAUCAUGAAAUUUUAACUGGACGCAUGAUCGAUCGUUCAAUAAGACCUUUAUUUUUAAAUGGAUAUGUCUAUGAUACACAAGUUACUUGUAAUAUAUUGUCUGUAGAUGGUAUGAUAGAACCUGAUGUAUUAGCAAUCAAUGCAGCUUCUGCAUCAUUAGCAACAUCUGAUAUUCCUUGGAAUGGACCGAUUGCUGCUGUUCGUAUUGGUUCUAUCGAUGGAAAAUUUAUUGCUAAUCCUACUCGUCAACAAAUGCAAAAAAGUGAUCUUAAUCUAGUCGUAUCAGUUAAUCCUAAAGGACGUCUUGUAAUGAUUGAUGCAUCAGCAAAUCGUUUAUCAGAUGAAAAAUUUUUUUCUGCACUUGAAUUUAGUAUUGAAUGUUGUCUACCUAUAAUUGAUCAAAUAAAACAACUUUCAAAUAAAACAAAACGUACAAAUAUUGAAUUACAAAAAUUUGAUAAUUUAUUAAUGGAAAAAAUUUCAAUAUUAUCUUAUGAUCGUCUUGUAAAAAUUUUUACUGAUUCUACACUUGAUAAAAUUGCUCGUGAUACAGCAAUUACAACAUUACGUCAAGAUAUUCUUAAUGAAUUAUUAUUAAAUGAAGAAAUUUCAAUAAAUAAUAUAUCAGAUAUAUUUUCAUAUGUUGUUAAAAAAAUAUUUCGUAAUUUAAUAUUUGAAAAAUCACAUCGAUGUGAUGGUCGUUUAUUUAAUCAAUUACGUAAAAUUAAUUGUAAUAUUAAUUUAUAUGAACCAUUACAUGGUUCAGCUUUAUUUCAACGUGGUCAAACACAAGUUUUAUGUACAGUUGCAUUUGAUGCACUUGAUUCACAAUAUCGUUCUAAUGAUUUUAUAUGGAGAACUGGACAUAAACGUAAACCAUUUAUUCUUCAUUAUGAAUUUCCACCUUAUGCAAUAAAUGAAAUUGGUCGAACAUAUGGAAGAGCUGAUCGAAGAGAAUUAGGUCAUGGUGCUUUAGCAGAAAAAGCUGUUGAACCAAUUGUACCAAAUGAAGUUCCAUUUUUGAUUCGAUUAACAUCAGAAGUAUUAGAAUCGAAUGGAUCGUCAUCAAUGGCAAGUGUAUGUGCUGCAAGUUUAGCACUUAUGGAUGCAGGUGUACAAAUCCAUGAACCUGUUGCUGGUGUUGCUAUUGGACUUGUUUCAAAAUGUGCUGAUGAUGGUACAGUUACUGAUUAUCGUAUAUUAACUGAUAUUCUUGGUAUUGAAGAUUAUAUGGGUGAUACAGAUUUUAAAGUAGCUGGAACACGAAAUAGUAUAACUGCAUUACAAGCUGAUAUAAAAAAUAUGGAAGGAUUACCAUUAAAUAUUGUUCAAGAUGCACUUCGAGCUGCACGAGAUGCUCGUUGUAAAAUAAUUGAUAUUAUGAAUAAAACUAUAAGUGAAUCACGAAAAACUAAAAAACAAAAUACACCUGAAUUAGAAACAUUAACUAUACCAGUUCAUAAACGUGGUCGAUUUCUUGGUGUUGGUGGUUUAAAUUUAAAGAAAAUUUUAACACAAACUGGUGUAACAAUAUUACCAAUUGAUGAAAUGACUUAUUCUAUAUUUGCACCAAAUAAAGAUGCUUUAAAUGAAGCUAAACAAAUUAUUGAUAAACUUUUAGAAGACAUGAAAGAACCAGAACUUGAAUUCGGUGGAAUUUAUACGGGUAAAAUUGUUGAAAUACGUCCUAAUGGUGUUCUUAUACAAUUAUAUCCAACAAUGCCACCUGUUCUUUUACCAAAUUCACAACUUGAUCGACGAAAAAUUGAUCAUCCAAGUGUAUUAGGUUUAAAUGUUGGUGAUGAAUUACAAGUAAAAUAUUUUGGUCGUGAUCCUGUAUCAGGUACAAUGCGUCUUUCACGAAAAAUUCUACUCAAUACUGGUAAUAUUGGUCCAGUACGAAAUAUGAUUUCAACGGAACAAGAUAAAAAACGUCCUGGUAUAUGGGAUAUACGACCAUUAAAAACACCCUCAUCCGAUGAAACAAAAUCCAAUUGA